CAUCGACCAUAGUUUGACUGUGCACUUGUGGUCGAGGCUAGCUAGCAGCGUUUCUUCAUGUCAGGUCGAGGAGCGUACUACAAAGCGCGGUAUGGAGGUGGUGGCAGGGGCGGUGGAUCGACCGGAAAUCAUCAGUCGUUCUCCCCUCAGCACCAUGAUCUCAAGCGAUUGAAGUUUGAUCCAGGAGCGCAAAAUGGAGCUGCACUCAGACAGAUGUUAUUGGAGCGGGAUAAUCGUCCGUAUCCUGCUUACCGUGACACAGAGGGAUCUUGGAAGUUCGACCGGUUCCGCUUAGGUGUGAUGAGGAUUCAAUCCGAUCCUUUUGCUCCGCCCACACGUUUGAAAAUCAAUCUCUCCGAUGACCAACAUCGAUGGCCUCAACACCUCCGCGCAUCGCCUAUCAGACGUACUGCUCUGGCUGACUGGCUAACCCGACGGUUCGCUCGUCUCAUCAAAUUACCUCAAACCGGCUCCUCUCAAUCGGGCGGUGGCGGAUGGCAUAGUGCCAAAGGCGGAGAUUUUUCCAUCGAUAUCCCCGGUGAACAGGUCCUCGAACGCAGCUCGUGCAGGUUCAAUGAUCAAAAUGGCGAAUUAACACUGAGAAUGUCUAUCAACUUACCAGCGAGGGGCCGAAGUAUCUUGGGCGAGCUUGCGGCCAAGAUGCUUUGUGACCAACUUUCAAAUUAUGUUGAUCGUGGCUUGGUUUGGGUCAAGGAAAUCGAGUCUGAAGCGGCUGAGUGGGUGGAGACGGUAGAAGAUCAAGAUGCUUUACGGAAUCUCGUCACUGAGGCCGGUUUGACAGCAUUCAUCGGCAACGGAUCAAUCCUUCCAAGACAGUCUGGUGCAUCCGCUUUGCCAAUGCCCAGCUCUACCCCAGGAUUAGUUCCAUUCAAAAGCCCCCCGACCUUGGAGCGUGUAUUUGAGUUGCCCAAUAGGGGAAAGGUGGCUGGAAUGGCCAUUCCCAAAGGAAUCACCAUCAUUGUUGGUGGGGGAUUUCAUGGAAAAUCAACCCUCCUCGAGGCAAUCUCUAAUGGUCCUUCGAAUCAUACACCAACCUCUGGCUUGAGUCUGGUUGUCACUCCCACCGCGACGAUCCCAGUGUCUUCAGAGGAUGGCAGAGUGGUCAACUCAUGCCAUAUCUCCCCUUUCAUCCGCAAUUUACCCAAUGGAAAAGAUACAGACUGUUUCUCAACUAGUGAUGCAAGUGGAAGCACGAGCAUGGCAGCCUCAUGUGUUGAGGCAAUUGAGCUGCUCGGGGGUCGGCCUGGGACAAUACUCUUGGACGAAGACGGCUGCGCAGUCAAUUUCCUAAUCCGAGACGACAAGAUGCGCCUUUUGGUACAAAAAGAAUCCGAACCGAUUACCCCCUACAUCUUCAAAGUUCAAUCCCUGUGUAAAGACCAUGGUAUUUCCACAAUCAUGGUUGUGGGAGGCUGCGGUGAUUACUGUCAUGUGGCGGACUGCUGUAUUAUGAUGGAGAACUAUCAAGCCUUUGAUACUACCGAUCGAGCAAAGAAAGUGGCUGAUUCAUUCACUUUCGAGGUCGAGAAAGAGCAAGAAAAUGGCUUUCAGGGCCUUCGACAUCGGAAAGUGUCGACAAAAUCCCUCCUCCCACGCUCAUCGCCGCCCAAGAUUACUGCCAAAACAACACACUGUAUUCAGCAUGGCCCAGAGGCCUCCGAGCCCGACCAUCAACUCGACCUCAGCGGUCUCAUUCAACUUUCUACAACCAGUCAGACCCGCUCGAUCGCCGGUUUCUUGGCGCACUUCGGCGCAGGUAAUCAAGCGCAAAGCAUGACACUUCAAGAACUCAUGGCUCUUUACGAGCGUCUCUGGCAGACUGAAGAUGGCGUAGAGCGUCUAGCUGAAGCAGGUAGGAUGGAUCCCGGAGCACUGGCAAGAGUCAAUAGCCUUUUGGUUGGAAUGGCAGUUAACCGCUUGAGAACAGCAAGGUUUGAACAGCUAAGCGCGCAUACAAAGUGAUCACACCCAUCGGAAGAUGUCGCCUCUGUCGAAUUGCGCCGGCUGGCUCUGAUAAUCUCGUCAAGCCCGUGAUCAGGUGUGAGAAAAAACUGCCCAGGUCUUUGGGGAUACUGGUUCAAUGUCAAAAAUUGCAAACAAGUCUGGGCGAGUCGGCUUGCCAAGCAACAUAUAUACAUACCCUGCAAUGAAUGAAAUUUCAUGAAAUAUAUGUACCUUUGAGAAAUAAGUUUCUCGGUCCUCAAGUCACCCUCACUCAUAGAUGUCGUCAUUGGAUUGAGG